AUGGCAGUAGCAAUCAACCGUCUGAAAUCCCAAGUUUAUAGAAAAUUGCCGUCUCAACCUGAACUGAACCUAAAGAAUGUAAGUACAAUGACCUUAAGGAGCGGAAAGAAAAUUCAAGGAUCCGAACUUGUGAUUCCGAAGGAUAAAAAUGAAGAUCGAAUUGAAGAAGAGCUUGAGGAGGAAGGAAUCAGAAAUGCAAAUCCAAAGGUAAUUUCUGACUCUAUAAUUAAAGUUGGAACUAACUCACCGCCUUUUUCAAGCAGGUUAGAGAAACCACAGAAACAAGAUAAGGAAAAAGAGAUUCUAGAGAUGUUUCGAAAGGUGACAAUCAAUAUCCCUUUGUUGGACACGAUCAAACAUGUGCCAAAAUACCCUAAAUGCUUGAAAAACUUGUGCGUCAACAAGAAAAAGUUGAGGGGGGACGAGUAUAUUAUGGUAGGUGAGAACGUUUCAACGAUUUUGCAAAGGAAACUACCACCUAAAUGUGGGAAUCCAGAUAUGUUUACUAUCCCAUGUAAGAUUGAACAUUUUAAUAUAAAAAAUGCCAUGCUAGAUUUAGGGGAUUCUAUUAAUGUGAUGUCUAAAUCAAUUUAUGAUUCUCUAAAUUUAGAACCUUUGAAAGAAACAGGGAUAAUAAUUCAAUUGGUUGAUCAUACAUUUGCUUAUCCGGAUGGGGUAGUUGAGGAUGUUUUAGUGCAAGUAGAUGGAUUAAUUUUUCCUGCUGAUUUUUAUGUGUUUUAUAUGAAUGAUGAAAGUGCCCCAAAUCCAUCACUCAUUAUAUUAGGAAGGCCAUUCUUGAGUAUUGCCCAAACUAAGAUUGAUGUUAGUAAGGGUACUCUCACAAUGGAAUUUGAUGGAGAAAUAGUCUACUUUAAUAUUUUUGAUACAGUGAAACAUCCUGUUAACUCUCACUCUGUGUUUGUUAUUCAUGCUAUUAAUCCCUCUCUGCAAAAAUUUUCUGAGUUUGUUUGUAGGGGUAAAUUCAAAGUUGCUGCGAACAAGUAUCAUAGGAUGAAAGUAAUUCAUGGGGUGAAAAUGAGUAGAAAAUUAAGGAAAAACGUUGCACUCAAUGGCUAUUUGGAUCCCGAAAGAAGACUACCGAUUACAAGGAACAUUGAAUUACAUCCAGAUUGA